GGGUUCUCCGACGGAGAAGAGGACGGUUGCACUGACGGAACAGUCGAAGGCAAUGCGCUAGGACUGUUUGAUGGCAGCAAGCUCGGCUGCGCCGACGGGACAGCCGUUGGGUUUCCGCUGGGUGUGGAAGAGGGAAUGCUACUCGGCCUGGCACUCGGCAACUCGGACGGGACUGCUGAGGGAUCUCUUGAGGGUAGUAAGGAUGGACUCGCAGAGGGAAUGGCAGAAGGAGCUGAAGACGGUUGCACUGACGGAACAGUCGAAGGCAAUGCGCUAGGACUGUUUGAUGGCAGCAAGCUCGGCUGCGCCGACGGGACAGCCGUUGGGUUUCCGCUGGGUGUGGAAGAGGGAAUGCUACUCGGCCUGGCACUCGGCAACUCGGACGGGACUGCUGAGGGAUCUCGUGAGGGUAGUAAGGAUGGACUCGCAGAGGGAAUGGCAGAAGGAGCUGAAGACGGUUGCACUGACGGAACAGUCGAAGGCAAUGCGCUAGGACUGUUUGAUGGCAGCAAGCUCGGCUGCGCCGACGGGACAGCCGUUGGGUUUCCGCUGGGUGUGGAAGAGGGAAUGCUACUCGGCCUGGCACUCGGCAACUCGGACGGGACUGCUGAGGGAUCUCGUGAGGGCAAUAACGUUGGCAGUGCUGAAGGCAAGAGACUAGGAAGCGAGGAAGGAAGUAGACUCGGUUCCUCGGAAGGUUUCCAGGUAGGAUCGGUUGAUGGGUUUUUUGAAGGCGAGAUCGACGGCAACCUUGUGGGGUAA